GGAAGAUGAGAUUGUUGUCUCUGUCUUAGAAAAUAUAUAGAGAAAAACGAAAAAAGAAAGGAAAAUAUAUAUGCGAAAGUUAUUAAGAGAUUAGUGUCGGUGAUGUUUUGAACUUCUCCUUUGCGGUUUCGUGUUCCUCCCUUCUCUUCUUGGCCCACGUGUUCGUCCUCUCUCCCUCCGCAUGUAAUCACUUCGCCGUCAAACUCACAUCUUCUUCUUCUCUAAAUCUUUCCGCUGAUAAGAAGUCUUUAGAUCGGUGAAAAAGUUGAUUCUUACGUGGCUUUUUGGAAUCUUCGGCGAAAAACCUUAUGGAGACAGCGAGGGAUGUGGCGGCGGCUGUUCCUGCUUUGACGGUUGCGGCGGCGGCGGCGACGAGGAAGAGAGAGAAACCGUAUAAAGGGAUAAGGAUGAGGAAGUGGGGGAAGUGGGUGGCGGAGAUCAGAGAGCCUAAUAAACGGUCGAGGAUAUGGCUUGGCUCUUACUCUACUCCUGAAGCGGCGGCUAGAGCUUACGACACGGCGGUAUACUAUCUCCGGGGUCCGUCCGCUCGGCUUAACUUCCCGGAGCUUUUAGCCGGCGUUACGGUGGAGGGAGGAAACGGUGGUGGGGAUAUGUCGGCGGCUUAUAUAAGGAGAAAAGCGGCUGAGGUUGGAGCUCAGGUGGAUGCGUUAGAAGCGGCGGGAGGGAAUCGUCAUCACCAUCACCAUCAUCAACAACAGCAACAACAACGAGGAAGUCAUGAGUACGUGGAUGAUGAUCAUAGUCUUAAUCAUAGUGACUAUCGUCUUAAUGAUGGUCACAACGAGUGUAGUAGUAAGGAAGAGUUUAAGAGGUGUAACGGGUCAUGGGAAGCGGUCGAUUUAAACAAACUACCCGACCCGGAAACAUCUGAUGACGAUUAAGGAUCUUUAUCCGACCCACCAAGAAAAAACGUUGUAGAAGCAAGGAAGGUUUAGAGAAUGUUUAUCUUUAUGAUGCGCCGGGGGUUGCUAACAUGCACCUCCACGGCUCCACCCUGAGUUUGUGAUUACUAGUACUAUGUGUAAUGAUAUUUUUUCCAUAAAUAGUUUUCAUUGACCACUCUUUCUAAAACUUCAAUUAUCGUACUCAGAAUCUAAGUGUUGCAUGUUUGGGAUUAUAUGAAACAAAUU